UCUCUCUCUCUCCCCCCCAGUGAAACUACAAUAGUGUGUAAACUUUAAUGAGAUUCAUUUGUUUCUCCAUAUCUGCCCCCUCUCACCACAUAGAUCUCUCUCUUUCUCCAAAUAUUGUAAUACUCAUUUAUCACCUUAUAUGGCUUCUUCCCCCCUUGUACCACGGUAUAUUGCCCAUCAAUCAAUCUCUCCAACCCAUCCGUCGCUCACUCCAAAAUCGAUGAGACUCGUUUCUCACUGUCUCUCCAAACCUUAUAAGACCUCCCUGAAAUGUAAAACUUUGUUGUACCCAUCAAUCUCCCCGUCUCUCCAAACCUGAUAAGAUAAAACUCUCCUCCACCCCUCUGUUUCUCCCACUUCCCAAAUCGUAUACGUCCUCCUCUCUUUCUUUCUCGACUUUGGACUUUUGUACUGUAACUUUAUAAUAAGCAUCCCAACAUUUUGUUUGUUUCUCACGUGAGUUCAGACAAGAAGCCAAGGGGCCGUCCUCAAAGAAAUCAUCACGUGAAAUCCUCUCUCCUCCUCUAUCCGUCCUUUUCCAUAGGAAGAAAUGUAUGCAUAAAAAUAAUUCCACUACCCACAUAUUCUUGUGCUCUCCGAAUCUUGAUGUCUCCCUUUCUCCCUUUCUCUCUCCCUCUCUCUCUCCCCCCUCCCCCUCUCUCUCCAACUUUUGUCAGUGUCCUCCCCAAAACUGCAUAUCAACUCUCCAACUUGCUGUAUAUCAUCUGUUCUUCCAACUUCUGCGCUGUUGGAAGCAGCUUUGCUCUCAUCAACAUCAGCAGAAGUUGAAGAAACAAAAUUGAAGCUGUAAGCAGAAGAGAAGAGCAUGCUUUUUGAAGAUAUGUUUGAUUCCAAAAGUCCAAACUUUAAGCAAGAGUUUCAGACAGCAUGGCUGCAGCUAAGCUCGCCCUGUUUGUGGGAGGAUGUCAGCAUAGUUCUGCAACUUGGGUUCCUUGGAAUCUUCUUACUCCAUCUUGUACAAAAAAUUGUGGGCCAUUUAUGGAAACACAGGACAACAGUAACAGAUAAAGGCAUAGAGAUGUAUCCCAAUGAAGCAAAAGCCAGCUUCUCUUGCAAAGCCAGCAUAAUUUGUUCCAGUAUACUACUGGGGAUUCAUGUCAUUGUGCUACUAAUGCCACCAAAUGGAAGUGAGGGCAACUGCAAAUCUCCAAUCCUGGUUCUUUCAUCAGAGGUCAUGCAAGUGAUGAUAUGGUUGAUUACACUGAUUGCAGUAUGCAAGAUUUCGACUAAGAAGUAUGUGAAGUUUCCUUGGAUUCUAAGAACCUAUUGGCUAUGCAGCUUCUUGCUUUCUGUUAUCCACACGGCUUUUGAUGUCCAUUUCCUUGUUACAAACAAUGGGCACCUGAGAAUGCAGGAUUACACUGACUUCCUUGGUCUCCUUGCAUCAACCUGCCUAUUUGGUAUCUCAAUCAGAGGGAAGACAGGCACGGUUUUGAUCUCCCAGAAUGGCUUAGCUGAUCCACUUCUCAAUGGAAAAACUGAUAAUCAUUCAGAAGGCAAGACAGAAUCUCCUUAUGGGAAAGCUACUCUUUUCCAACUCAUUACCUUCUCUUGGCUCAAUCCCUUAUUUGCUGUUGGGAUCAAAAAACCCCUUCAGCAAGAUGAAAUCCCAGAUGUUGAUGUCAAAGACUCUGCUGAAUUUACCUCUCAUUAUUUUGAUGAAUGCCUGAAACAUGUUAGGGAGAGAGAUGGAACUACAAAUCCAUCUAUCUACAAGGCGAUAUUUCUUUUUAUCUGGAAGAAAGCUGCAAUUAAUGCACUUUUUGCAAUGAUAAGUGCAGCUGCAUCAUAUGUUGGUCCAUAUCUUAUUGAUGACUUUGUGAAUUUCCUAAGCAUGAAGAAAACUCGUAGCUUAGAGAGCGGGUACCUUCUUGCACUUGCCUUCUUAAGUGCCAAAACAGUCGAAACUAUAGCACAGAGGCAAUGGAUAUUUGGUGCCCGCCAGCUAGGCCUUCGCCUGAGAGCUGCACUGAUAUCUCACAUAUACAAAAAGGGCCUAGUUUUGUCAAGCCAAUCCCGCCAAAGCCACACUAGUGGAGAGAUCAUUAACUAUAUGGGUGUGGAUAUCCAAAGAAUGACAGACUUCAUCUGGUAUAUGAACACAAUCUGGAUGUUGCCAAUACAAAUUUCUUUAGCAAUUUGUGUUCUAAACAUGAACAUCGGUUUGGGGUCACUGGCAGCAUUAGCAGCAACCUUAAUGGUGAUGGCUUGCAACAUCCCCCUUACAAGAAUCCAGAAAAGAUACCAGUCUAAGAUCAUGGAAGCCAAGGAUGAAAGGAUGAAAGCCACUUCAGAAGUUCUUCGAAACAUUAAGACUCUCAAACUUCAGGCAUGGGACAGUCAGUUUCUUCAUAAGCUAGAAAGCUUGAGGAAAAUAGAGUACAAUUGGCUGUGGAAGUCGCUAAGACUGGGAGCACUUUCUGCUUUUAUCUUCUGGGGAUCACCCACAUUUAUCUCUGUGGUGACUUUUGGGGCAUGUCUUCUGAUGGGGAUUGAACUCACUUCUGGGAGAGUCUUGUCUGCAUUGGCUACUUUCCGAAUGUUACAAGACCCUAUAUUCAAUCUACCUGAUUUACUCUCUGUGAUUGCACAGGGUAAAGUGUCAGUAGAUAGAGUUGCUUCUUUCCUCCAAGAAGAUGAAGUUCAGUCUGAUACAAUCGAGUUUGUUCCAAAAGAUCAAACAGAGUUUGAAGUGGAGAUAGACAACGGUAAAUUCAGCUGGAACCCUGACUCAAGCAGCCCAACACUAGACAAAAUACAGUUAAAAGUGAAGAGGGGAAUGAAGGUGGCAAUUUGUGGGACUGUAGGAUCUGGGAAGUCUAGCCUGCUCUCUUGCAUACUUGGAGAAAUAAAAAAGCUGUCGGGUACCGUAAAGAUUGGUGGUACAAAGGCCUAUGUACCUCAGUCCCCAUGGAUACUAACAGGAAAUGUCAAAGAGAACAUCCUCUUUGGGAACCGAUAUGACAGUGUUAAGUAUGAUGAAACUGUUAAAGCAUGUGCUUUAACUAAGGAUUUUGAGCUUUUCCCCUGCGGUGACCUCACGGAAAUAGGUGAAAGAGGGAUAAAUAUGAGUGGAGGCCAGAAGCAAAGGAUUCAAAUAGCCCGAGCAGUUUACGAGGAUGCUGAUAUAUAUUUGCUUGAUGACCCAUUCAGUGCUGUGGAUGCUCAUACAGGCACCCAACUCUUUAAGGACUGCCUGAUGGGGAUUCUAAAGAACAAGACCAUUCUUUAUGUUACUCACCAAGUUGAGUUUCUUCCAGCAGCAGACUUCAUUCUGGUGAUGCAAGAUGGAAGAAUAGCACAAGCUGGAAGAUUCGAGCAACUUUUAAAACAAAACAUAGGAUUUGAAGUUUUAGUAGGUGCUCAUAACCAAGCUCUGGAAUCCAUCCUGACAGUUGAAAAUUCAAGUAGAACAUCGAAGGACCCAGUACCUGAAAAUGAAUCCAAUAAAGAUCCCACUUCAAAUUCAGAAAUGAUCCAUACUCAGCAUGACUCAGAGCAUAAUAUCUCCCUAGAGAUAACAGAAAAACAAGGAAGAUUAACUCAAGAUGAAGAAAGAGAAAAAGGAAGCAUUGGAAAAGAAGUUUACAUGUCAUAUUUGACGAUUGUGAGAGGCGGGGCUCUAGUUCCAAUCAUAAUCUUGGCACAGUCAAUGUUCCAAGUAUUACAGGUAGCUAGCAACUACUGGAUGGCAUGGGCUUCUCCUCCUACAAGUGAAAGUAGGCCAAAAAUGGGGUUGGAUUACAUACUAUUCGUGUAUAUACUUCUUGCUGUUGGAAGUUCACUUUUUGUGCUGCUUCGAGCCUCGCUAGUAGCAAUAACAGGACUUUCAACAGCACAAAAGCUCUUCGUGAAAAUGCUGCAGAGUGUGGUCCGGGCUCCAAUGGCCUUUUUUGAUUCAACACCUACUGGAAGAAUCUUAAACCGGGCAUCUAUUGAUCAAAGUGUGCUAGACAUGGAAAUGGCGAACAGGUUAGGCUGGUGUGCUUUUUCAGUAAUACAGAUUCUAGGAACAAUCGCAGUGAUGUCUCAGGUAGCAUGGGAAGUAUUUGUUAUCUUCAUUCCAGUAACUGCAAUCUGCAUCUGGUACCAACAAUACUACAUACCAACUGCAAGAGAAUUGGGCCGUUUGGCAAGCAUACAGCAAUCUCCAAUCCUACAUCACUUUUCUGAAUCACUUUCUGGAGCUGCGACGAUCCGUGCUUUCGACCAAGGAGACCGCUUCAUUCAUGCAAAUCUUGAUCUUGUUGACAACUUCUCAAGGCCAUGGUUUCAUAAUGUGUCAGCAAUGGAAUGGCUUUCUUUCAGACUCAACGUAUUAUCCAAUUUUGUCUUCGCCUUUUCAUUGGUUUUGCUUGUGAGCCUUCCUGAAGGGAUCAUCAAUCCAAGCAUCGCAGGGUUAGCAGUAACAUAUGGAAUAAAUUUGAAUGUUCUACAAGCUUCAGUUAUAUGGAACAUAUGCAAUGCAGAGAAUAAAAUGAUCUCAGUUGAAAGAAUUCUUCAGUAUUCAAAAAUUAAAAGUGAAGCACCUCUUGUGAUUGAAGAGUGCAGACCAGCAAAUAACUGGCCCCAAGUUGGAACAAUUUGCUUCCAGAAUUUGCAGAUCCGUUAUGCUGAACACCUCCCAUCUGUUCUCAAAAACAUUAGCUGCACAUUUCCUGGAGGGAUGAAGAUUGGAGUUGUAGGAAGGACUGGAAGUGGAAAAUCAACACUCAUACAGGCCAUUUUCAGGAUCGUUGAGCCCAGAGAAGGGAGUAUUAUCAUUGAUGGUGUGGACAUUUCCAAGAUAGGCCUUCAUGAUCUCAGAUCAAGGCUUAGCAUCAUCCCCCAGGACCCGGCAAUGUUUGAGGGAACAGUUAGAGGAAACCUCGACCCAUUGGACCAGCAUCCUGAUGGUCAAGUCUGGGAGGCCCUGGAUAAAUGUCAACUAGGUGAUCUAGUUCGGGCAAAGGAAGAAAAGUUGGAUUCAUCAGUAGUUGAGAAUGGGGAAAACUGGAGUGUGGGACAAAGGCAGUUGGUCUGUCUUGGAAGAGCAUUGCUAAAGAGAAGCAGCAUUCUUGUUCUAGAUGAAGCGACGGCGUCAGUUGAUUCUGCAACUGAUGGGGUGAUACAGAAGAUCAUUAGUCAAGAGUUCAAAGAUCGGACAGUUGUAACUAUAGCUCACAGAAUCCACACAGUUAUAGAUAGCGAUCUUGUUUUGGUCCUCAGUGAAGGGAGGAUUGCAGAGUAUGACACACCAGCAAAGCUACUUGAAAGAGAUGAUUCGUUCUUCUCAAAACUCAUAAAGGAGUACUCCAAGAGAUCAAAAGGUUUCAGCAAGUUGGCAAUAUCGACAUAAACAAACCCUGCUUCUUGGAAUCAAAACUUGGUGUGCUAUUUUCUCAUGAAAGGGACAUCAUAGGUUCAGGGACAAAUUGCCAAAGAGCAACUAGACCUUCAAAAAGUGUUUGAAUGAUCUAUCAGGCAUGACAAGGAGACGGGUUCAAUUUGGUAGACUGUGAAGCAGCGUUUCUGUUAGUGAAUCAUGCAAUAGGUAAUAACAAGCCUGAAGCUAUUCUCCAUGACAGUUUAACUUUAUGAUAUAAAUAAAGAAGGGUACUCUCCAAACCCUUAGUAAAAUUAUCCAAGAUCUACAAAGACUAUGAUAAGCAAAUUUUAUGCAUUAUUUUGACUAAAACGAGAAGUAGCUAGCAUUUAAUUGACAACUUAUGUUGCAUGGAUGAUUCAAAAUUCUCCAGGUUCUCAAACUUAAUGUAUUCUGAUUCCAUUAAGAUCUUUCAAUAGUA